AGUUCUCAAGCGGCCACAAGCGCCACGCCCUAGAGUUGUCCCUCCCCCAACAUGUCGAAGUGAGUCGAACCAGUCACCAAGUGUUGCCGUACGCGUUCAUCCGACGCCUUAACACGACAAGUUCCCGACAUGAUUCGAGGCAUUUUCCGGCACCGGAAUACCUAGAUAAUGGGCCAAGCGCUGCGCAGAGCAAUCGGAAAGGGUCGGCCUCCGAGCCUCGACCCGUCUAGGAAGACCGAGCGGCCGAGAGUUGUCGUCGCGAGCAAGCCGGAAUUGCCCAAAAGAGAAGAAGUACGAUUUGGUGCCGCUGCAGAUGCUGAGUCCUUAUCAAAGAAUAGAAGUGAAUCUUCUGUACUGGAAGAAAGAGAUCCAGAAUAUGAUGCAAUGCUGAGACAAAUGGUGGGAAGGAUCAGUUCAAAGCCUGGUGGCAAACCGGAAAUGGGAGAGGCAUCAGUUGUACAGAGAUAUAAUAGACCUAUGCCAAAACUACGGGAUACAAAGCCUGGAGCUGGCUAUGAUGAACAAAAAGCUGUCCCCCCAGGGACGCUUAACAUUGCUAAGCUGCGCCAGGUCUUCCUUUUCCACGAAGGCAAAGCAGAUGGUCAAAGUAGACCUAUGGAUGCAAAAGCUAUUGCUGAGACAUUAAAAAUUGACGUGGUUCAUGUUCAGAGAGUUCUGCAGCAUCUCUCUCUCCCUCCUGAAGGUUCCAGUGAAGGCAGCACGGACGAGAGCAGGUAGAGAGAGAUUUCCUGUGAGAUUCUUUUCCAAGUUUUUCUCUAUAACAGCUUUCAAUUUUGUAUCAGCACCUCGGGAGGGACAUCCAGUUUAGAUUACUUGCUAGUGAGCUAACUGAGAGUGGAGAUUUUUCGGUAUAAUAAAAAUGGGAUGUGAAGUCCUCUACAAAACUCCUACUGGCUCCUCGUUUGUGACUACUUGUAUGUUUGUUGUUUUCUUAUGCUUCUUGUGUAGAAAUGCUGUGCCCCUGGAUAUAUAAUGUUGGCAGUUUGUUUCA